AUGCUGUGUGGGACUUCUUAGCUAGCUGCAGUCGCCAACAUGUCUUUGGUCCUGCUCUCUGUUCUCUGGUUCAUUGUACAAACUGAAGCAAUAGCCAUAAGGCAAAUACCUGAAUUUGAAGGCUAUGAAGUAGUUCAUCCGAAAAAACUGCAUAUUUUACAUAAAAGGGAGAUACAGAACAACCAAACAGAGACACAUGAUAAAGAGGAGAAAUAUGAAGCUGAACUUCAGUAUCAGAUUAUAUUAAAUGGAGAAGUCAUUCUCUACCUACAAAAAACCAAGCAUCUCCUGGGGCCAGACUACACUGAAACUUACUACUCACCCAGAGGCGAGGAAAUCAUCACAAGCCCUCAGAACAUGGAACACUGCUACUAUACAGGACACAUCCUGAAUGAUAAGAAUUCUGUUGCCAGCAUUAGUACUUGUAAUGGGUUGAGGGGAUUCUUCACACAUCGUGAUCAAAGAUAUAUGAUCAAGCCUCUGAAAAACACAGACCAAGAAGAACAUGUUGUCCUGAUACAUAACCAGGAGGAGCCAGACCCCGCUAACCACACCUGUGGAGUAAAAAAUGUUGGCAGAAAACAUGGCCGCAUUCGGACCUCUAGGUCACUCCGUAGCCCAGAGGAAGAAUACUUUCUUCGGGCUGAGAAAUACAUUGAUCUCUUUUUGGUGCUGGAUAAUGCCUUUUAUAACAUGUAUAACGGAAAUCUAACUUCCAUAAGAAGCUUUGUGUUUGAUGUGAUGAACCUCCUCAAUGUGAUUUAUAACACCAUAGACAUUCAGGUGGCCUUGGUAGGUAUGGAAAUCUGGUCUGAUGGUGAUAAGAUAAAGGUGGAACCCAACAUAGGCACCACCUUUAACAACUUUUUGAAUUGGCAUCGUUCUAACUUUGGGAAAAUGAAGACCCAUGACCAUGCUCAGCUACUCAGUGGAAUUGCCUUCAACGAUCGACGUGCAGGAACGGCAGCCCCGAAUUCCUUGUGUUCCCCAACUUCAGUUGCUGUUAUUGAGGCUAAGAAAAAGAAUAACGUGGCUCUUGUAGCCGUGAUGUCACAUGAGCUGGGUCAUGCCCUUGGUAUGCCUGAUGUUCCAUAUAACACGAAGUGUCCGUCUGGGAGUUGUGUGAUGAAUGAAUAUCUGAGUUCAAAAUUCCCAAAGGAUUUCAGUACAUUGAGCCGUUCACAUUUUGAAAGAUACAUGUUAUCUCAAAAACCAAAGUGCCUGCUGCAAGCACCAAUUCCUAAAAAUAUAAUAACAAAACCAGUGUGUGGGAACAAGCUUCUGGAAGUAGGGGAAGCAUGCGAUUGUGGCUCUCCUAAGGAAUGUACCAAUCCUUCCUGUGAGGCCAUGACCUGCACAUUGAAACCUGCCACUGACGCUGAUGAUGGGGAAGAGACUCUGAUGUAA